GGGAGUGUGUGAGCUCCAUGAAAGACAGGACUGACAUGUAAGUUAGUGGGUAGGGUAGCCCAUUUGUUCCCAGGGUGACCCACACACCCAACCCCUUCAGGGAAAACGAUAGUACUGAGAGGGUGGGGAGGCAUGAGAUGGGCUUGGUUUUGCGGGGAAAGGGCACAUCAAACCAUGUAAACACUCUGCAUUAUUGAACCUUAGACGAACAACCGAAUUAAAAAGGCAAGUCUCUCUCUCUUUCUCUUUCUCUUUCUCUUUCUCCCUCAGUCCCUUGGGGUUGAGAAGUUGAAAUAAAGAAAGAGAGCGAAAAGCUCAAGUUAACUCAUUCAGACAGACCCAUGUUGGGGGUAUUGUCUUCUUAGCAAAACAUCAUCUCUCUGGCGCUCUCUCUCUCUUUCUCUAUCUCUACAGUAUUGUGCUCUCAUCCAGUAAGUCUUGAAGAUGCCCAGACCAGGCCCGAGGCCAUAUGAGUGUGUGAGGAGGGCUUGGCACAGUGACAGGCACCAACCCAUGAGAGGUUCCAUCAUUCAACAGAUUUUCAGGGUCGUCACUGAUACUCACAGCUCCGCCACUAAAAAGAACAGGGAAUGGCAGGAAAAGCUUCCUAUCGUCGUGUUGAAAGCUGAGGAAAUCAUGUACUCCAAAGCCAAUUCUGAGACUGAAUAUAUGGAUCUUGGAACUCUAUGGGACCGGGUGAAUGAUGCCGUUAACACGAUAAUUCGGAGAGAUGAGAGUACUGAAACAGGAGAGCUUUUGCCGCCAUGUAUUGAAGCUGCUCUCAAUCUGGGUUGUGUUCCAGUAAGAGCGUCACGAAGCCAAAGGCACAAUAACCCAAGGAGUUACCUCACCCACAGAACACAAGAACCCACGUCUGUUUCUCCUAGAGUUUUGGAUAAUGCUGUCAAUGAACGAUGCCCUCAGUUACAGCCACCCAGUGCGGGCAAUCAACUAACCUUUGGAAGAUUGAACAUGGAUUCAACCCAUUUGGUUUUGGAUUCUGACAGACAUGUAACUCAGAAUAAUAGCCUAGCUACUACUCGUAAUUUCCAUUUUCCAUAUGAGAACUUCCCCCUUGGCAGCAACCAAUCCAUGACAGUGGAAACUAACACCCCAUUGAACUUUGGUUCAGUUUAUCCCUUGUAUUACGGGACUCAUUUUCAAAAUGAAGAGUCCCAUUUAGGCUUCCAAAUGCCUGAAACUGCAAAUGCUAACACUGUCUUUGUUGGCGCACCAAUUGGGACAUCAAUUGCAGAGCCUUCUGAAAUGGGUAUCAUCUUGCAGAACUUAUUCUCCAGUGAUGGCACUGAAAAUGUUUUGAACAAAAAUGCUCAAGAAAAUUUCAGGGACACUUGUGGGAAGGAACCUGUGGCAGAAUGCGAUUUAUCCUUGAGGUUGGGUCUGUCCUCAGAUCCAUGUAUGAGAAAGGAAAAAUGUUCAGCGCCUGACACUGAAGAUGUUGGUUCAAGUAGUUCUCAAGAGGGGGCUAAGGUUAGUGGUCUAUCUCCUGGGAAAAGUAAGGGGUUUUGUUUCUUUCCAAGUGAGACUGCUAAUAGCCCCUUUGGGUCCUGUUCGAAUAAGUGGAAUUCAGGGGAUGAAGGGCAGAAUAUGGAUGCAACAGUGAGGAAGCGUAAGGCACCCUUUAAUAAUGAUUUGGAGGGUGGGCAAUUUUUCUUGUCACCAGAGAUCCGAUCUGACCAUUUUACUGGUCGAAUUUAAAGGCCAGAUAUACUCACAUGUUCUCACACUGGAGCGUGGAGGCAACGGAUAGGAAGUGUAAGGCACCCUUUAAUUAUGAUGUUGAGCUUGGGCAACUUUUCUGGCAGCCAGAGGUCUGAUGACCGAUCUUAUUAGUGGAAUUGAAAACCAAAGUUUGUACACAAGCUUUUCCUCUAGUAGCACCUGUUCUUUGAAAUACCAGAUGCUUCAAGAUAUGAUGUUGCUGUUGUAAAUUUGCAAUGCAUAUUUAUCUUUUACUAAAUGCAGCAUACAACUCUUGUAUUUACUUUCCAGGAGUGCCUGUUUCCCUUUCUUUCUUACCAUGGCAAGUUUUUGUAAGAUUACUCUAUUUAGAAAUAAAAAGUGAGGCAAUAGAAGAGCAUCCUGACCCAUUCCUAGACUCUCUAAGAUCCUAUUUCAAACUUGCUCCCAUUUUGAGUUGAGAGAUAAAUAAAUGGGCACAUCCCAUUGCACUGAUAAGGAACUUUAUAGUGGCUCAGAGGAGAUUAUAAGGUCCUAUUGAUUAUACUGGGAAAAGCAUGUUAAAAAAAAAGCUUGAAUUGUGUGAUCUUUCCCACCACCCCUGAAUGGAAUUGUAGGGGGUGGGGCGAGAAUUUUGUAGUUCUUGGUGUAUUAAGAUGCUUAGGGAGCUCCAGUGUAUUCCUCCAUUUAGGCCGAACCUAAGAGCUUAGAUAGUCCUUCACACACUGAAGGAUGAUGCAUGGAUUCUCCAGAGAGGACCAUGAUGAUCUCCCAGACCACCCAGAUGGUGAUGCUGAUUAUGUGGUAAUGUGGUAGAAACUAAAGUUACAUAAUUUGAUAUUGAAUAAUUAACUUAAUAUAUCAUGCACCCAGGUGUCUUCAUAGCUUACAUAAGACAUACACGUAAACAUAUUAUGUAUGUGCAUAUUUGUCUGGUCAUUUGAAAUUAUGGAAUUACUUAUGAAAUGAGUUAGGCAGGUCUGAAUCUGAUCCCUGCAAUUCAUCAUUGAUAACGAUUUUUAAGAUACCUACAUCUAGAUUAUUGGAAUUCAACGUCUACAUUGCACCUAUGAGUUCUUAAUCUGUCAAACUCAAGUAUAAAUCAGUCCCACAAUCCAUUGGCUUUUAAGGGUUUCUGAAGUCCGAUUCUUCUAUCCUGUUUCAGCAAUCUGAAAUUGUUUUCUUAGGAAGGCUUUGGCCUUCAGCUCUAGACUGUCAAAAACUUGACUAGUAUUUAAAACCAUUGAACAAACAAGCAUUAAAGUUAAUUAAUGAUGAUGGAAUCAGAUGUCUCUUUGCUGUUAAUAUUUAGCAUAUUUUAGCUGCAAGAGGGUUCCUAAUUAUCUUAUGUGUGUAAAUAAAAGAAUACCCUUAGAACUCUGACAUCAGAAAGUUGUCGGUGAUCGCAGAUUUGAUCCCGAAUGACCUAAUCAACCCUCCUGUCAUUCACAAUUAUUUAGCAAUCCAGGAGCUGUAGACAAAUCUAAAUACUGUUAUAAUUCAAUCCAAAAACAGAUACAUUAUUCAAGUGAAUGAUCACCACUACUGUACCAGGACACUAAGACAGAACACAGAAAAUGUGGGAGAUUUAUAUGGAAGUCAAGAAAGAGAUGGCCAUGACCAAGAGCAUGGUGGUUACAGCACCAACGGUGAGAGAUGUGGCAGAUGAGAUGCUGAUGGUGACCUUCUGGCCAAGUGAGCAGUGUCGACCGAUGGUGCAGAUGAAGUACUGAGGCUCUGUAGAAUUCAGAGUAUAAUUUACUGGGCUUGUUGCUUGGAUAUCAUUGUCUAAUACAUUGGCUGUGGUGCAGUUAUCAUAAACGUCCUUGGAUACCCUGGCCACGGUGUGUGUUCCAGUCCAAUUGAA